AUGUAUAGCUGCGCCAGCCCACCCUCUCGCUGCCGGGAAGAAGCCUGUUGGGGGAUGGCCCCCACCCGCCGCCCAGGGAGCCUAUGGGUGCGCUGGGCUGUGGGUGAAUAUGUUGAUAGUUUGCCUCCGCUCGGCCACCGUCCGUCGGCGCUCAGCUUAGUUUUGUCCGCCGGCCGCCGCCGUUUCGGAUUACUCACCGAUCCGAGUUGUGAGGGAGAGGUAUCUGUUUCGGGGAAGCCAGCUGGUGUGGCCGGCACCAUGGAGGCGCCUUUUAGUCCGGGAUUUCCUCGCGGUCCAGAGGAAGACUGGGAGUCCACGUUGUUUGCUGAGCUUGGCUAUUUCACAGAUACCGAUGAGGUGCAGUUCGAUGCAGCACAUGAAACUUUCGAAAAUAAUUUUGAUCAUCUUAAUUUUGAUUUGGAUUUGAUGCCUUGGGAAUCAGACAUUUGGAACUCCAGCAGUCACUUCUGCUCAGUUAAAGACAUUAAGGCAGAACCCCAGCCUCUUUCUCCAGCUUCCUCAAGUUGUUCAGUCUCAUCUCCUCGGUCCGUAGACUCCUGUUCUUCAACUCAGCACGUUCCUGAGGAGUUGGAUUUGUCUUCCAGCUCCCAGUCUCCCCUUUCCUUAUAUGGUGAAAGCUGUCACAGCCCCUCCUCAGUAGAGCCACUGAAGGAAGACAAGCCCGUCAUCAGUCCUGGGAACAAAGCUGAACAUGGACUGACUCCAAAGAAAAAAAAUCAGAUGAAUUCAAAACCUUCAGUUCAGCCCAAGCCUUUACUACUUCCAGCAGCACCCAAGACUCAAACAAAUGCCAGUGUUCCAGCAAAAGCCAUCAUUAUUCAGACACUACCAGCCCUUAUGCCACUGGCAAAGCAGCAGUCAAUUAUCAGUAUACAGCCAGCACCCACUAAAGGUCAGACUGUUCUGCUCUCUCAGCCUGCCGUGGUUCAACUUCAGGCCCCUGGAGUGCUGCCUUCUGCUCAGCCAGUUCUUGCUGUCCCCGGAGGAGCCACCCAGCUCCCUAACCAUGUGGUGAAUGUGGUGCCAGCCCCUGUGGUGAAUAGUUCAGUGAAUGGAAAACUCUCCGUGACUAAACCUGUCCUACAGAGUACCACAAGAAGUAUGGGUUCAGAUAUUGCUGUGCUGAGGAGACAGCAGCGGAUGAUAAAGAACCGUGAGUCUGCCUGUCAGUCCCGCAAGAAGAAGAAGGAGUACAUGCUGGGACUGGAGGCCAGGUUGAAGGCUGCCCUCUCGGAGAACGAGCAGCUGAAGAAGGAGAACGGCUCCCUGAAGCGGCAGCUUGAUGAGGUGGUGUCAGAGAACCAGAGGCUUAAAGUCCCGAGUCCAAAGAGAAGAGCUGUCUGUGUGAUGAUUGUCCUGGCAUUUAUAAUGCUGAACUAUGGGCCCAUGAGCAUGCUGGAACAGGAUUCCAGGAGAGUGAAGCCCAGCGUGAACCCUGCAAAUCAAAGGAGGCAUCUUUUAGAAUUUUCCACUAAAGAAGUAGAAGACACAUCAGAUGGUAUCAACCAGAAGAACAGCUACAGAUAUGAUCCUUCUGUUUCAAAUGACAAAGCCUUAAUGGUGCUCACUGAAGAACCACUACUUUAUAUUCCUCCACCUCCCUGUCAGCCCCUGAUCAAUACAACCGAGUCUCUCAGGUUGAACCAUGAGCUUCGAGGCUGGGUUCACAGACACGAAGUGGAAAGGACCAAAUCAAGAAGAAUGACAAAUAACCAGCAGAAAACCCGGAUUCUCCAGGGUGCUCUGGAACAGGGCUCAAAUUCUCAGCUGAUGGCUGUCCAGUACACAGAAACCACUAGCAUCAGUAGAAAUUCUGGGAAUGAACUGCAAGUGUAUUAUGCUUCCCCGGGAAGUUACCAAGGCUUCUUUGAAGCCAUCCGCAGAAGGGGAGACACUUUUUACGUCGUAUCAUUUCGAAGGGAUCACUUGCUAUUACCAGCUACCACCCAUAACAAGACCUCAAGACCAAAAAUGUCAAUUGUAUUACCAGCAAUAAACAUAAAUGAUAAUGUGAUCAAUGGGCAGGACUAUGAAGUGAUGAUGCAGAUUGACUGUCAGGUGAUGGACACCAGGAUCCUCCACAUCAAAAGCUCCUCUGUUCCUCCUUAUCUCCGAGAUCAUCAGAGGAACCAAACCAACACCUUCUUUGGUUCCCCUCCAACAGCCACGGAGACGACCCAUGUUGUCAGCACCAUCCCUGAGUCAUUACAGUAGUCCCCGGGGCUGCACUGGAGAGCAAGGGGUGGGCCUGGCCAAACUGAAGGGCCGGUGAGCAGUGCUGCCCUCUGCUCCUUGGCAAGUGGAGAACUGCCUCGUGCUGUGUCUCAGGGAAAGAGAACAAGCCGCUGAUUUUCACCUCCUACCCGCCUGUGCGGAACCAUGCUGGAGAGCCUUCCUUGUAGCGGCGCAGCCCGUGUGGAAAUGUUGCCCGGUGUUGGUUACUCUGUCGAGUCUCUUCACUACUUUUCCUAUUGGGUGUGUCUUGUUCUUAGUCACCUCCCUUCAGAUAAGGCCCACUUCCUCUUUUGUCCACUGCACUUCCUGGCCCAGGAAAGCGAUUUUUCUUUAAGGCUUUAGAACACAUGCUCAUGUGGUCCCCACCAAUUGGCUUUCUCUCUCCUUUAAUUCAAACCCAUUCUGAAUCUCAUACUUGAGGAAACACAUUUCAAAAAUCUAAACAGCCAAAAACAUCCCACAGAGAGUCAAAAUAGUUUGGGGUUGGGGGUAAGGGAUCAUCCCCAGUUGGUAAAGUUUAUUUUUACUUGUGAUUUGUGGUUCAGCCCUGAACAAAUAACUGUUGUGGGGUCAGAGAGUGAGCCACACACCGGAGAGAAGGGGAGGGAAGGCCAGUCGUGGGUGUAGGAAGAGGCAGGGACUGGAUUCACACAUGUGUUAAACACUGGGUUCAGAUGGCAGCAGUGUUAGUUUAGAGCCCCAGCUGCCAACUCUGCAAUCUGCACAGAUCCUUAAGGACCUCAGGGCAAAUGCUUCCUUCUCAUCAUGUGUCCUCAGCCCAGGACACACUUCUGUGAAACCAGACUCGGCCAAGGAAUGUGGAGGAGACUUCAGGUGUAAGCAAGACUAGAGAGAUUUCCCUAGGGACUGGUAGUGCACUCAGCAAGCAUGGAUUCCCACAGAGGCCACACCACAUUACGGCAAAACUUGCACUUUCUCCAGUGGAAAGAUGGUAAAGAAAGUAGCUCUCUUACUCCAUAGUGGGAGAAAGAAAGAAAAGAAGGAAGGAAGGGAGGGAGGGAG